AGAAGGGAGUAAGGCUGCUGGGCUGUAAGUGAACGCCCUCUAGUGGAGCUUCUGACACGGUGCCCUGCAGAGCUUCUGUCUGUUUCUAACAUCAGCAUUUCAAGAGGUCUAUGGUCCAGUGUGGAGCAGAGACCAUGUGGUGUUUGGAGCUGCUCUUACCGCUGUUGUUGAUCAUUAAUGAUGCCAAUUGCCAGUGGAACGUUUGGAUACCUCGGGACAUCUCAGCCAUGACAAACUCCUGUGUGGUCAUCCCGUGCACCUUCAUGUACCCAUCUGGUGUCAGGCCGUACCGUGGUAUUCAUGGUAUCUGGUACUUCGGUCAGCCUUACCCUCAACUCUUCCCACCUGUGGUCUACAAAUCACGCACUGAUGUCGUGCAUGAGAGCUACAAAGGCCGCACCAAGCUGCUGGGCGACCUGCAUCAGAGGAACUGCACUCUGCUCAUCAACCAUGUCAGCACGGAGCACUCAGGGAGAUAUUACUUUCGCGCUGACCUCGGUGGAGCCAACAUGUACACAUACCCAGACUUCGCUGAGCUCAAAGUUCUCGAUCAACCCAGCAUUGACAUCCCAGAGGAGAUUGUCAGUGAUGAGAGUCUCGAGUUGACAUGUUAUGCUCCUGACAACUGCCCCGACAUGACUCCAGAGAUCCAGUGGAUUUACACCGACUACCUGCCUGACCCCGAGUUCUCUUCCGACUAUGUGGAGGAGAGCAACACAGCGGUUCUGUCCAACACCCUCACCUUCACACCCAGACCCAUGCACAAUGGGCAGCUCCUGGGCUGCAGGGUUUACUACCCCAACACCACACUGGUCUAUGAACGGCGCAUCUUUCUGGACAUCAAGUAUGCUCCACGCUCUGUGUGGGUGAACGUGUCCUCAGGGGUGAUGGAGGGCAGCUCUGUGACGUUGCACUGCGAGGUGGACAGUAACCCUCCUCCCAGGAUCUCCUGGAUGUUUGCAGACGAGGAGGUGCUGUGGGACACGGCGUCCAACCUCUCACUUUCCCUGGACGAUGUGACGCCUGCACAGGAGGGCAUCUACACCUGUGUUGGAGACAACGGCUAUGGCACUAUGAACACCUCAAUGUACCUGGCUGUCAAGUACCCUCCACGUGAGCCUGUAGUAAAUGAUUCUAUGACAGUACUAGAGGGCACCUCCUUGGCCCUGCACUGCAGCACUGAGGGCAGCCCGGCCCCGACCCUCACCUGGCUGAAAGACGGAGAGCUGGUGGGCACCAUCACUGCUGACAAGCUGUCAGUGCUGGAGAUCAUGGAGAUCACGCCGCAGGGAGACGGACAGUACCGCUGCCUGGCUGAGAACGAGCAUGGCAGAGCCAGCAGCUCCCUCAACAUCACUGUUGAGUAUGCCCCAGUUCUUUUGGAGGAGUCAAAGUGCACAGUGGUGAGGGAGGGUGUCCAGUGCAUCUGCAUAGCCACAGGAAACCCUGAACCCACCAUUGAGUUCUACCUGCCCGAUCUGAACAUCACCAUCAAUGAAACCGAGGGCCGGUACAACUUCUAUACACACACAGAUGGACACACCUCCACAGGCAUGAUCAAGCUGCGGGAGAAAGGCGAGCGUGUCGACAACAGCGGCCCUGCUGUCAAUGUCCACUGCAGCAUUUCCAACAUUUACGGGAGAGAGAGUGUAUUUCUGGAGCUGCAGCAGGAGAAAAAGUACAUGAUGGCAGUGAUAGUUGGCACCAUCGGAGGAGUGGCAGUCAUAGCCUUCAUCAUUGCAGCAGUGAGAUACGUCGGCCACAACAACAAGAAAGAGAAUGGCAACCCUAGGCAGGACGUGGUCCUGGAGAACCCAGCAUUGUACUACAGCGCAGUCAAGAAGGACAAACAAAAUCUGAGGAAGAAAGUGCUUAAGACAGAGCUGUUGGGCUCAAAGUUUAACUCCAUUCUAGAGGAGACUACGGGAGAAGAGGGGGAUUAUCAACCUGUGGGCUCUAUGGCAAGACUGGAGAGGCAAGAGCUGAAUUAUGCUGCUCUGGAGUUUAUUGGGGCCAGGUCCAGGGAGGGGGCCUCAGGGAGGGGUGAUGACGGCAGCAGUUACACGGAAAUCAAAGCCAAAUGAAUCGCAAUCCUUCCUUGAUCCCUCGGCUAUGCGAGAUGCAGUGGCAGCCCCUAUCCCACACAUCCUCUGCUCCAUAAACAGUAUAACAACUCCCCUUCCGCCACAGGAUUUCACUCUACAAAUGAUGAUUUGUUUGUCAUUUCUUCAAAAUUGCCACUUAUAAUGUACCACUGGUGCCAGUGCUCCCCCUUCACGCUGCCCCUCCUCCAUGGGCCCCCUCUUUAUACACCACAGUUUGGAAAAUCUGGUACUUUUUGGGUCAGAGUACGACCCCCUGGACUAUGUAAAAAAUAUAUUUAAAUUUCUAGCCUCAGUUACAAUACAUAUGCUCUAAAACAUGUAGUGUUAACCAGUGGUUAUAUUUUUGUUGCUUUCACCAUGUUGUUCAUUGUGAUUGUUGAUGUUAUUGUCAAAUGACAGACAUCUGAGUGCUUGCAUCCAUCUCACUAUUGGUGCUACAUGUGUCUCUAGUAACUGUCACUGUGUCUGCUGCCAGUCGAAGCAUCAGGGCAAGGAGUUACCGUGAUCUUUGUUCUCUUAUCUUUAUGUGUGUCUAUCAUCUGAGAGCGAACCCCCCACCCCCUCUCUUUUCUUACAACCCAAGAAGAUAACCGACUGAGGCGGGAGACGGAAACACACCCCAGAGCCUUGUUUCCACAUAAUUGUAUUUGACGCGUGCUGUGACUCAGUAGCUUCUCAUAGUAAGUGAAAGAAAUAUCACCAUCACUUUUGAUAGUAUUUGAUGAGGUUUUGUUAAUGUAAGUGAUGCACUGCCCGCUUCUGAACAGUGUCACAGCUUAUUCCCAGCAUGUUCCAGUUAACUGUGGAAUGUGUUGAGAUGAUUUGGGAAUUUCCUGAACUGGUGCCCAAUGCAAACUGUCUGUCUUAUCUUCUCCUUCUUCUCCCUAGCACAUGGGGCCUAGCUCUCUAAAAAAUACAGACUAAAGCACAACAUACUUGCGUAUGAGUGGCCAAAGUGUUAUCACUUUUUGACAAUGUGUGUGUGUAUGUGAAGGCAUGUGUGUGUUCAAAUCGUGCUGAAAGAUCCUGGGACACUGACGUCUGGGGCCUUUGGGAAGUUCGAGCAUUGCUUCACUUGAGAAGAUGAUGCUUUUUCUUGCAGGGUUGCAUCAGAUGUUUGACUGAUAAAAGUGAUGCUGACUAGCCAGCUGGUUGUGCUAUUCCAAAACAUUUGAUGAUCCUGUGAUGUAAUAUCAGAGCUCACUAAUAGUCUAACUUGAUAACAAUGGUGUCAAUAAUACAUAUUAAUAAGAUCUAUAUUGAUAAGGAAAAGAAUGCCAGUAUGUACAGUAAAUACCCUGCAUGAGUCUUUCGCCAGCAGGCACAAAUUUAGAUAUUGAUCUGUAAUGAUGAAAAGAUGGUUUGGCAUGUUAGACAUAGUUUGUCACACAUCAUUUGACCAUUCGACUGAACACUGUCUUAGUAUAAGCUUAGAAAACAGUACCUAAACCCUACCUAGUGUGCACUGUAGUCAAAAUCAAAUCAGCGACCUUGUUUUUGACUGUGAUUGAUUGAUUUAAAGAGUAAUACCUGCUGUGUGAGUUCAUUUCUUUCCUAUUAACCAUUGAUUAAAGGUUCCCCAACAUUUAGCAUUGCACUUCCAUAGACCUGAGAGGAGAGCAGAGGCUCAGACAUCUUGGCUUUUAAACCCUAGUGUGGGUUAAGCUCCAAUAAGGCUGGAUCCUAUGUGGCUUAUAAUGCAACCAAAUGCCCAUGUCUUUCAAACCCUAUGAACAUAGUUUUGAACUCAGCUGUCUGUCAUUACAUCUCCAGAUUUAAGUCUAGAUAACCCUGAUUGUUAUUCUCACAGAUUUUCUAAAGUGUAUAGGGCAACAGAGGACACUAUAUGACUGUUUUCAUAGGCUGAGUAGUAUUGCCCGUGAUGAAUACCUGACCUUUAUGCAAGUCAGAGGAGUUCCCCAUGCAUUUAUAUGAAGAGUCUAAACCCACUUCUUCCACUUUGCAUCAGGUCUUGAGGGUCAAACACUUCUGUAUCUUCCAAAAGUGCUUGAAAACAGCUCAUGGACACACUGCAGCCUUAUCCGAUGACCAUACAGUAUACUGUCGUAGGCUACUGGUAGUAAUUGAUUUUUGAUGAGUCUGUUUUCACUUUCAAUCUGUUACAUACAGUAUGUAGUGAAAAAGCCGAAUUGAUACUCUUUAUUGUAUGGUGAACUGUUUUAACAAUAUAAAUUAUGCCAGUUUCCUCUGCAAGAAAUGGUUUCUAAAACACUGAAGGUAACAGCUACAUUAUCCGCUGAUUUCUGAACAGACACCGUUACGCUGUAUGUACUGAUGUUGAUAGAAAGCUUAAGUGGAAAGUGAGAUCUAAUGGGAGAUGUGCAAUCAUCUCUUCAUGGAGACGGAGAUUACUUUGAUACACUUGCUGUGACUAUGGCUUUAUAAAAGCAUGUAAUGAAACAACGCCCUAUUGCGGCUGCCUCAUUUAAAAUGAUAGAUUAACUUCAUCAAAGCAGCAGCUCGUCUCUGUGAGAUGCUUCUAAUUGGUUUUACAAUCAGUACAAAAUGCAGCACAGGCCUGUAACUGUUGUGCCUCCAUACAGAGAUGGAUAGAGAUUGUUCCUUGGCAGCAGUGGCAAUGUGGAAACAAUAGAAUUACUCUUUGAGGAGCACUUCAUGUCGAGCUGUUCACAUGAACCUAAAUGAAUCUCUCUCCACCAGAUGCUCAUCACUGUUUGUUAUGUGUUAUGCACUGUAAUAAUUUUUACCUGCAGCUGCAUGAAGGCAUCACUGUCACUAUUUCAGUUACAGGUGUAACAGAUAACUUGCUGCAUGUUUUCCACUAUUAAAUAUUUUUUGCGUCCUUGUAA